GUACUUAUUACUACGGAUAUAUAACAUAUAAUUAUCAUCGGCGAGACGCAUUACGGGGAAUAUAACACUUUAACCAUUUGUUUCAUUUGUACGUUAAUCUUCCUUCUCCUAAUUUAUGGGUUUUUCCUCUGUUUUUUGUUUUUGUGCGCUUGAUCUUUAGGCUGCCCCAACAAGGCACGUGCUUCAAAGGAGUUUCUGCAUGCCAUAUGGCUUGCUUUCUCCACACUAUAAAUAAGAAGAGUGGGAAGCCUUUUCAAGCACAACUAAGUACAACUCAGAUUUCAUAUAUCCACUUCCUUCUUCUUUUUCCUUUUGUGCCUUCAAUCUUCACAUAAAGCUCCUUACAAUUCCUGUACUGCCGUAUCUCUCAUUGUCCCGUGUGGAUCUAGCUAAGUAUGUCGACAGAUCCGCUUGUGGUUGGGAGAGUCGUCGGGGAUGUUGUCGACCACUUCUCCCCGAGUGUUAGGAUGAGUGUCACCUACAACUCCAACAAGCACGUCUACAAUGGACAUGAACUUUUCCCUUGCGCUGUCACCACAAAGCCUAGGGUUGAGGUCCAUGGUGGUGACAUGAGAUCCUUCUUCACACUGGUGAUGACUGAUCCGGAUGUUCCCGGUCCCAGUGAUCCAUAUCUGAGGGAGCACUUGCACUGGUUGGUGACAGACAUUCCGGGCACAACCGACGCCACUUUUGGGAAGGAAAUUGUCGGCUAUGAAAUGCCAAGGCCGAACAUCGGGAUCCACAGGUUCGUGUUCCUCCUCUUCAAGCAGAAACGCAGGCAAACUGUUAUGAAAGGUCCUCUCUCAAGGGACAACUUCAACACACGUAUGUUCGCCCAGGAAAAUGAUCUAGGCCUUCCCGUGGCUGCUCUCUUCUUCAAUGCCCAAAGAGAAACUGCUGCAAGAAGACGUUGAUCGCUAAGUGGAGCCCCGGCUUUAACAUUAUUGUACUGUAUGGUAUUGAACUGAUGAACUCUAUUAGUAUACUGCGUGAUGUGCUAAAUAAGUAGAAAUUACAUGUGUGCUGGUCCGUAUCUAAUGGAGAGAAGUAAUAAGUAGUUUAACCAAUGCACGCAGUCGUCGCUUAUAAAUUGUAUGGGAUAGGAGUCAUUUUAUAAGCUUUAUUUUACUUUGUAAGAGAGGAUGGGGAUUCUCUAACUGUCUCGAGGAAUAAAGAUUUCUAAUGCAAGAUUAAUGGUUGUACUUAGCA